UGCUUUAGUUCAUGUAAAUACUGUCUUUAGCAUAAGUUGUUUUUCCUGUCUUCACACUAUAUCACGGUGUUUCUAUUGCGGCGUCCCAUCGACAGUCUGGGCAUUCCCGCGGAGUCGAAAACCACCAAUAUGGAAUCCUCACCUUCAGCAAUAUUAAAACUCCUCCUACCAAAGACGCCCUUUAUUUUGAAGACUGCGUUAUGGCAUACUCUUGGUCUAGCGCCUACGUCCUCAAAAUGGGAUCUCAGGACCGAAAUCACCAUCAAUGUUUUGCGAGAGAUGGUGGGGCCCAAUUCGCCCGGGUCGACUAUUACGAAACUGCAGCGUUUGACGACCAAGGAUCCGGGAGUCAAGGGGAAAGUCUGGGUAGCCAAGGUGAAGCUAGAUGUACCAGCGGAAGAUGACAUUCGGCAAUUGAUGUUCAAAGCAAUUGAGGAGAUGGGCACGGGUGAAGAGCAAUGGACGAAGCCUGAUGCGAAGCCGUUGGAAGGGGAGUGGAACGGUUAUAGAGCUGGUGCACGAGAUGAUGAGCCUGAACCGACUGGCCUGAGCGAAAAGGAGAAGUACGAGCACCUAUUGAAAGAAGCGAGCAGUAAAGUCACCAUCCUGUACUUCCACGGCGGAGCAAUGUAUCUUCUGGACCCGGCUACUUACCGCGCAACGACCUCUCGACUGGCAAAAGAAACGGGCGGACGCGUCUUCAGCGUGCGAUACAGACUGGCGCCGCAGAACCCAUUCCCCGCCGCCCUCCUCGACGCCUUCACCGCAUAUCUAAGCCUUCUCUACCCCCCACCCGACGCGCCCCACGCACCCGUUCCAGCAGCCCAAAUCGUCUUCGGAGGCGACUCGGCGGGUGGCACAUGCUGUACCGCGCUCCUGCAGCUCCUCCUUCAAAUCCACCGCUCCACGCCGGCCGGACAAACACCAUCCGUUCUCUUCCACGGAGAAAAAGUUGCGAUCCCCUUACCAGCCGGCGUCGCGUUGACGAGUCCUUGGAUCGACAUUUCACGCAGUCAGCCAUCCAUCGAAGAAGCUGUUACAUAUGAUUAUCUCCCGCCCCCGAGCCAGACGGACAAGCGAGACUUUCCGAGAUGUGAAGCGUGGCCGACGGAUCCGCCGCGCGCAGAUUUGUACUGUGAGGGAAGUGCGCUGCUGCACCCGUUGGUGUCGCCCUUGGCAGCAGGGGAUUGGCACGCGAGUCCGCCGCUGUUCUUCUCUGUAGGCCAAGAGAUGCUCAGGGAUGAAGACGCCGUGCUGGCGAGACGUGCUGCGGCGCAGGGCGUACCUGUCGUGUGGCGAGAGUUCGAAGCGAUGCCGCAUUGUUUUGCUAUGUUGCUUGAAGGGCUGAAAGCUGGGCAUGUACAUUAUGAAGAGUUUGGCAAGUUCUGCAGAGAGGUUGUAGAGGGAAAAACGGUAGAGACUAAUGGCGAGUUUAUCGUCGCGAAGACUAUGGUUAGGAGAGAUGCUGAUGUCAAGACUGGACUGACUGAGUUGACGGAUGAGCAAGUUGUUGAGUAUAUGCAGAAGGGGAAAGAGAGGAUUGAGAGGAAGACGAGGAAGGGGGAGGAUGCUAGUGCGGAGUCGAGACCAAUGCUUUGAUCAAGUAGCAUAUACUAAGUCUUCGUAACCAAUGAACUACAGCGACGACAUCACAACACAGCGAACUUCAAUGCUCUCCCUCAACAUGGAUUCAUUCUCUGACACGGAAUGAUUGAAAGAUGAAUGAGCACAGCGUGCGCUAUGCAGCU